AUGAAAACACGCACUACCGCAAUGGUAUCCAACGAGGGGGCUCCGGCGGCUAAAUCUCUGACUCACAAAUCACAGUCACUUCCUCUGUCAGGAACAUCUAAUAUGGUUAUCAUGGUGUCUGGAACAAUCGACGACGUUCUUGAAGCCGCUGAACUUAUCCUAGCUAAGUUGCUUAAUGAGGGUGAGCCAAGAACAAAUGCCAGACUAAUUGUACCCAAUAGCUCAUGUGGUGGAAUCAUUGGAAAGGUUGGAUCCAUGAUUAGGUCCUUCAUUGAAGAUUCUGGAGCUAACAUUAAGAUCUCCCCUCAGGAUCACAACUAUAUUGGAUUAAAUGAUAGGCUGUUCAAUUACGUUGUUUGCAAAUAUGUUGUUCUUUUAGCUGAACUUUAG